AAAUAGAGGAUGUUUUUUUAAUAAAAUGCUCCAUCAGUAUUGACCGGUUAGCGAAGUAGUCGACUUAACCUAUAAAAACACUAUGGCGAAAGAAUUGCAUAAAAGUCUAAUAAAUUACUUUUUGCAUCUGAAGGAAUUAGACGAAAAAUGGUUGGAAUUAUUCAAAACUGUGGAACGACCGUUGCAAGCUUUGAAAAAUCAAUGCGAACAAUUACGCCUUGUUUCGAGUAAGGAUCUCGAUAACGAAGGAAUUUGUAUGAUCGAUCACGCGCGAGAGAAACUUAUUUUUAAAAUUUUCAUGGGUAUAGAAAAUGAGAUUUCACUUUUAUUAGAUUUAUUGAAGUCUUUUAAAAAUGCUUUACAGGAUUUAAAGAAUCGAUUAAACAAUUUGGAAAAAUUUCGGAGUAAUGUUUCGUUAGGUGACAAAGAUAUGAAAGAUAUCGUGAAUGGAACACCUUAUCGGCCAAAAUUAAAUUUACUUUUAGAAUGGGCUAUCGAUGGUUUUCAAUAUUAUCACGAAUUAUUUCAGCGUAUUGAAAACAGCAUAAAAAAUAUGGAUUAUAGAAUUGAAGAAUCAGUUAAUAAAUUUGCCGAUUCUUUUGUAGAAGAUCGGUAUAAACGAAAUAAAUUAAAUAGGAUACUAGCAUUUACUCAAUUUUUAAUUAUGGAAAAAGUUUAAUAAAAACUUUUAAACAGUU